CCUUAAAACUAUUUUAACGGUGAGAUUAGGUUCAAUUUAUAUUUCUUUCCUUUUCCUCUAUUGGAAAUAAAAUUAUACUUUUUUUUUGGUUUGCUUAAUAUGAAAAAGGAAAGCUAACUUUGAGAAUCCAAACUUUUUUUUUCUUCUCUCUGAAAUUAGUAAAAUCUUGUGUGUAAGUACCUGGAAUCUAAGGUUUAGAUUCUUCAUCUUCGCUGGAGAUUCGUCGUUGCAGAGUUUGUCCUUCGAGCUUUUUUGGAGCUAGCAAUGGAGUUUGGUGAUGCUGGUAUCGAGGGAACUCUUUCCUGGACGAUUAGGAAGAAGAGGAGUUUGAAACCGUUUAAGUCUAGAGGUUUUAGCAGUUGUAGAGGUGAUAGUGAUGGUUUAGUGGUUGAAAGGAAUAUGAAAAGAAGGAUAAAGACCUGCAAAGUAGGAGCGAGUUGUGAUGAAGUUGAAGUGAUUCCUAAAUCUGAUGAGAAAGAGCCAUGUCCAGAAGAUGAUGAUUGUACAUUAGGUGACUGGAUGCGAAGGAAAAUUUUGGAAAGGGGAGAUAAGCGCAAAGAAAACGUUGUUGAAGUUAGGCAUAAGAUAAAUUCAGGGAAACAUUUUGAUGAUGAUGAUUGUACAGUAGCCAAUAGGCUUAACAGUAGGAAAAAGAGGGGCAGACGCCAAGUGGAACUUGAAGAAGAAGAGGAAUGGGAAGAACAACUUCACCUGUGUGAAUUGAUGAGGGCGAUAUCGUCAAGUAGGAGAACCCACAAUUUAUGUUCCAUUGGUCAAGAAAAUGUAAUUGUUGUUGGUCCUUCUCAUUCACGUUCGCCAAUUUCUGAUGUAUCAGAUCCCCUUCUCAAAAACGGGGUAUCUUUUGACUUCACAAACAUGAAGCAGGAACCGAAGGAAGGCCGAGUUUGCCAUCAAUGCUUGAAAGGGGGAAGGAUAACUAUUCUGAUGUGCAGUGCAUGUGAAGAGAAGAUGUAUUGUCUUCCGUGUGUAAGAAAAUGGUAUCCACAUCUAUCUAAGGAUGAUGUUGUUGCUAAAUGUCCUUUCUGCUGUAAAAAUUGUAAUUGCAGCAAAUGCUUGCAUUCGAAUGGUAUAAUCGAGACAUCCAAGAGGGAACUCUCGAAUUCUGAAAGACGCCAUCAUCUCCAGUACUUGAUUACAUUGAUGCUUCCGUUUCUGAGUAAAUUAUCUGAAUCCCAGAACAAAGAGAUUGAAAUGGAAGCAAAGGUUCAAGGAGUACUGCCUUCUGAAGUUGACAUAACUAAGGCAGAAAGCUACGCUGAUGAACGUGUAUACUGUGAUCAUUGUGCAACUUCGAUUGUUGACUUGCAUCGAAGCUGCCCAAAGUGCUCUUUUGAACUUUGUUUGAAGUGCUGUCAAGAGAUUCGUGAAGGAUCACUUUCUGAACGCCCUGAAAUGAUGCUACACUAUCCUGAUAAAGGAUACGGAUAUAUGUAUGGUUUAGAUGUUGCGGAAUCGAGCUCCUCUGUCACUUAUGAAGACAAAGAAACUGACCCAUCCAAAACUAAGUGGAGCCUUGGUGAUGAUGGAAGCAUCACUUGUGCACCAGAAAAGCUUGGUGGUUGUGGUGAUUGUGUGUUAGAGCUUACGCGGAUCCUACCACAGACAUGGAUGUCAGACUUGGAGCACAAAGCAGAGACUGUCUUGGCAUCACACAAUAUUAGCCCCAGAAUGUUGAACUAUGUGUGUUCUCCUUUGGAGACUGAGAUGACAAGGAAAGCAGCUUCGAGGACAAUAUCAAAUGACAACUAUCUUUUCUGUCCUAAAUCUCUUGAUGUCUUGAAGGAAGAAGAGCUUGUACAUUUUCAAGAGCAUUGGGCAAAAGGUGAACCAGUAAUUGUUAAGAACGUUCUUGAUAACACACCUGGUUUAAGCUGGGAACCGAUGGUUAUGUGGCGGGCAUUAUGCGAAAAUGUGAAUUCACCUGAAAGUUCUGAAAUGUCCCAAGUCAGAGCAAUGGAUUGUUUAAGUAAUUGUGAGGUGGAGAUCAAUCCUCGUCACUUCUUUGAAGGUUACAACAACGGAAGAACAUAUUGUAAUUACUGGCCUGCGAUGUUAAAGCUAAAGGACUGGCCUCCUUCUGAUAAGUUUGAAGACCUUUUACCUCGUCACUGUGACGAGUUCAUAUCCGCACUACCUUUUCAAGAAUACAGCGAUCCUAGAUCAGGGAUUCUUAACAUUGCAGCAAAGCUUCCUGAAGGAGUUAUCAAACCAGAUUUGGGUCCAAAAACUUACAUCGCCUAUGGGAUUCCUUAUGAGCUCGGUAGAGGGGAUUCAGUCACUAAGCUUCACUGUGAUAUGUCAGACGCGGUGAAUAUUUUGACACAUACUGCUGAAGUAACCCUAAGUCAAGAACAGAUAUCCGCAAUCAAAACCAUGAAACAGAAACAAAAGGAACAGAACAAGUUUGAAGAACAUGGCACUAAAGACUGUAGCGAAAUGGAAGAAGAAAUGAACUUGCUAAAGAUUCCGGGGACUGAGAAUGGCGAAAAGGGCAGUGCUCUUUGGGAUAUAUUUCGGAGAGAAGAUGUUGCUAAGUUAGAAGAGUAUUUAAGAAAGCAUUGCAAAGAAUUUAGGCACACAUAUUGUUGUCCAGUUACAAAGGUUUACCAUCCAAUACAUGACCAAACAUGCUAUUUAACCGAAGAGCACAAAAGAAAACUCAAGGCAGAGUUUGGGAUCGAGCCAUGGUCUUUUGUGCAAAAUCUAGGUGAAGCAGUGUUUAUUCCUGCGGGCUGUCCGCAUCAAGUUCGGAAUCUAAAGUCGUGUACAAAAGUUGCAGUUGACUUUGUGUCACCGGAGAACAUCCAUGAGUGUAUGCGUCUGACUGAAGAGUUUCGCCAACUUCCAAAGAACCACAAGGCCAGAGAGGACAAACUUGAGACUUAGGUUUGGUUACCGUAGAUUGAUGAUCCUAGAUCUUGGAUGAUACCGGAAGGUCCAAAAUUCAUGUUUUGGUGGAAACAUGGCUGCUCAAUAGCAUCUGAAUACGAGGUGUAAUAAGCUUAGAUAUUCUUUGAUGACUAUCGCGGUUUCCACUUACAACAAUGAGAUUCCUAUUCGCGGAAAGAAAUUGGAUGAGUUGCCAGUGGAUGGUCUGUACAUGUUUGGUGGGUGGUCUUUACAUGUGGUGGUCCGUCAUGCUUUGAAGUUUCCUAAACUACUAGAAAAAAUGUUCACAAAGUUAAAGCUGAUAAUUAAGCAAUUUAACUAUUGUAGACAAGAACAUAUCGGGUCCAUAGUCUGAGGCUCUGAGCACUGCAGAUUCCUAGAUAUUAAAAAAGAAGUGAUUGAAUGAUUGAUGAAA